AUGCCGCCCGAUCCAGAUCAAACCAGCGACCAAAUCUGCGCAGAUUACGACCUUUCUCACCCCAUCACCUCCACCACGGGUUUCCGACAAGGCCUCACAACCUACGGCGAUGCCCACUUCUCCCUAUUUCUACGCAAAGUCUUCAUCAAGGCGCUUGGGUACUCGGAAGAUGCACUCUCCCGUCCCAUCAUCGGCAUCAUCAACACGGGGUCGGGCUUCAAUCCGUGCCACGGCAAUGCGGCGCAACUGAUGGAAGCGGCAAAGCGAGGGAUUAUGUUGAACGGGGGCAUCGCUAUCGACUUUCCAACGAUCAGUAUUCAUGAGGGAUUCUCUCAUCCGACGAGCAUGUUCCUGCGAAAUCUGAUGAGUAUGGAUACCGAGGAGAUGAUCAGAGCGCAACCGGUGGAUGCAUGUAUCAUGAUCGGUGGAUGCGAUAAGACCGUCCCCGCCCAAAUCAUGGGAGGCAUUUCUGCCAACAAGCCCGUUCUUCCGCUGUUGACGGGGCCUAUGAUGUCGGGAAGUCAUCGGGGCAAGAGAAUCGGCGCGUGCACUGAUUGUCGGAACAAUUGGGCCUUGUACAGGGCUGGGACUAUUGAUAUGGAAGAGAUCAUGGCGGUCAAUGAGGAAUUGGCUCCUACUAUUGGAACCUGCGGAGUCAUGGGGACGGCAAGUACGAUGGCAUGUAUCACGGCAGCACUCGGUUUGAUUCCUUUACAAGGAGCCUCUGCCCCAGCGGUAUCUGCCACGAGACUAAGAGUCGCAGAACAAACGGGCGCAAAUGCCGUUGCGGCGGCGAAGGAGCAAAGGCUUCCGCAGGAUAUAUUAUCCAAGGAAUCGUUUUACAACGCAGCCAUUGUUCUACAAGCAAUCGGAGGCUCCACCAACGCAAUUGUUCAUCUUAUUGCCAUUAUCAACCGUCAUCCCGACAUCAAAGGCAGCGUGACCUUGAAAAAGCUCGAUGAUCUCGGACGCACCACCCCACUGCUCGUGGACUUGAAGCCCAGUGGCAAUAAUUAUAUGAAUGACUUUCAUAACGCGGGCGGAAUGCUCUGUCUCUUGCACCAAUUGCGUCCGUUACUCUAUCUAUCCGCCCGAACGAUCACUGGAGAACCAUUAGGCGAGAUCCUAGAUCGCAACCCCUUCCGCGAAUUUGAAUACUCACGCAGCAUAAUCCGUCCGCUUUCAGACCCUCUGUACCCGUGUUCUUCGCUGGCGGUGUUGUAUGGUAACAUAGCGCCCAACGGCGCAGUUAUAAAGGCCUCCGCGUCGAAGAACAAGUACCUUCUUCGUCAUACCGGUCCCGCUGUGGUGUUUGAAAACUCGAAAGACCUCGCCCUGCGUCUGGAUGACCCGAAUCUUGAAGUGACAGCUGACUCGGUCCUCGUGCUCAAAGGCAUCGGUCCCAUCGGGAAUCCCGGCAUGCCUGAGGCGGGCAUGAUUCCAAUCCCGCGAAAGCUAGCGGCACAGGGGGUUACUGAUAUGCUGCGCAUCUCUGAUGGUCGGAUGUCAGGAACCGCUGGAGGUACCAUCGUCUUGCAUAUUUCGCCUGAGUCGGCAAUCCCGGAUUCACCUUUUGGGGUGAUUCAGACAGGUGAUAUGAUUAUGUGCGAUGUGGAAAGUCGUCAUCUCGAACUGCAGAUUAGUGAUGAGGAGCUCAGGGCUCGGGUAACUGUGAGGCAACAGGCAUUUUCGAGUACCGAGGCCGGUAAUGAACCGUCGCCGUGGGUUCAAAGACAAACUCGACGAGGGUAUCGCGGUCUUUAUGAACGGACAGUGAACCAGGCUCACGAGGGGGCGGAUUUCAGCUUUCUCACUGCUACUGGAGAUUGA